GGGUAUCUAUUUUAGCCGUUACUACAAAAGACGUCCCGCGAAUACAAACAAAACAGUGGAAAACGUGUCCAUGGCAUCUCCGUCAUCAACAAAGUGAAACAACCAAUAUCCACUAUACAGAUUACAGACUAUAAUCAUUCAUUAUAAUACACACACACACAAGAAGAAGAAAAAAACCUUUUCUAACAAUCAACUGAGUGGGUGGAGAAAAUGGGGAGAAAAGAAGAAGAUGAUGGAGUAGAGAGAAGUGAAGGAGGAGUUGUGGUGGUGAACCCCAAGCCAAAAAACGGAGUAAUUGGGAAGGCCAUAGACUUGUUGGAAAAAGGAAUCAUAAAGUUAAUGCACGAUUCGACCAAGCCACUUCACUAUCUUUCAGGGAAUUUUGCACCUACGGAUGAAACUCCUCCUCUUAAAGACCUAUCCGUCACAGGCCAUCUUCCGGAGUGCCUUAAUGGUGAAUUUGUUAGGGUUGGUCCAAAUCCAAAGUUUGCUCCGGUUGCUGGAUAUCACUGGUUUGAUGGGGAUGGCAUGAUUCAUGGCUUGCGCAUUAAAGAUGGAAAAGCAACUUAUGUAUCACGAUAUGUGAGGACAUCACGUCUAAAGCAAGAAGAGUUCUUUGGAGGAGCUAAGUUUAUGAAGAUUGGAGAUCUUAAAGGGUUGUUCGGUCUGUUCACUGUUUAUAUGCAAAUGCUCCGUGCAAAGCUGAAAGUAUUGGAUAUCACCUAUGGAAAUGGCACAGCUAAUACAGCUCUAGUAUAUCACCAUGGGAAGCUUUUGGCACUUUCAGAGGCUGAUAAACCUUAUGCACUUAAAGUUCUGGAGGAUGGAGAUCUUCAAACACUCGGCAUGCUGGAUUAUGACAAAAGAUUGGCGCAUUCCUUCACUGCCCAUCCAAAAGUUGACCCUGUGACUGGUGAGAUGUUUACCUUUGGCUACUCCCACAACCCACCUUACAUCACUUAUAGGGUUAUAUCAAAGGAUGGAAUCAUGCAGGAUCCGGUCCCAAUAACAAUACCAGAGCCUAUCAUGAUGCAUGAUUUUGCUAUUACUGAAAAUUAUGCAAUUAUGAUGGAUCUCCCUUUGUGUUUCCGACCGAAGGAAAUGGUGAAAAAUAAUCAGCUGGCUUUUUUCUUCGAUGCUACUAAAAACGCUCGAUUUGGAGUCCUGCCACGAUAUGCAAAGAGUGAGGCCCUAAUCAAGUGGUUCGAGCUUCCUAAUUGCUUCAUAUUUCACAAUGCCAAUGCUUGGGAGGAGGGAGAUGAAGUCGUGUUGAUCACCUGCCGCGUUCAGAAUCCCAACCUAGACAUGGUCAACGGAGUUGUUAAAGAAAAGCUAGAGAAUUUCUCCAAUGAGCUAUAUGAAAUGAGAUUUAACAUGAAGAGUGGUGCAGCUUCACAGAAGAAACUCUCGGAGUCUGCUGUUGAUUUUCCACGGAUCAACGAGAGCUACACUGGCAGGAAGCAGCGAUAUGUAUAUGGAACCACUUUGGACAGCAUUGCCAAGGUAACUGGAAUCAUCAAAUUUGAUUUGCAUGCUGAACCAGAGACUGGAAAAGCACAGCUUGAAGUUGGAGGAAAUGUUCAAGGCAUCUUUGAUCUAGGACCGGGAAGAUUUGGUUCGGAGGCUGUAUUUGUUCCCCGUCAGCCUGGUACGGAAUGUGAAGAGGAUGAUGGCUACUUGAUAUUCUUCGUACAUGAUGAGAACACUGGAAAGUCAGCUGUGAAUGUAAUUGAUGCAAAAACAAUGUCAGCAGAGCCUGUGGCAGUUGUUGUAUUACCCAAAAGAGUUCCUUAUGGAUUCCAUGCCUUCUUUGUCACAGAGGUGAAAAAAUCGAUUCAGGAUGAAACUAUAAACAAUAUAGAAGAAUCUGUAAUGAAAUCUUCAAAUGAGAUGAGAAGAACAAUGAACAAAUUCAAGAACAAGCCAAACUGUGAGAGUGAUCACAACAUAUAUACCUCGUUAUCUUGUAUCAUGGCUGCAUCUAUACUUCUAUAGUGCUGUUAUAGAAUAGCUAUAACUGGCUAUUUCGUCAUUGAUAACUUGACACAAAUAAAUGUAUUUAUGUGUAGACUAUAAUUGUUACUGCUUUUUUCAUCUUUCUUUGAGCCGGGGUCUAUCGGGAAAAACCUCUCUACCUUCUCAAGGUGGGGGUAAGGUCUGCGUACACACUACCCUCCUCAGAGGCGUAUCUGGUGUAGAAGCUAUGAGUUCAAUUGAACACAUAGCUUUUGCUCAUACCCUGUAUUUUUGUCCAAAAAAAUAUUAAAUAUGCACAAAUAAUAAAUUUUGAACCCAUUAAAUUAGAUGAGAUGUGUUAGAGUUG